UGAACACUUUCAUUUCCGACGGAUUCGCGAGUUCUUGUGGUUUUUGAAACUGAAAUUUUGCCAACGUUUCAACAAAAAAAAGGAGAAAAUAUGAUUUCGAAAGUGAUAAUAAUGGAAAUGACCACGAUAAUUGAGAAUAAUUACUAAUAUCUACAAUUGAAGGAGUUUUCUGAAUAUUUACAAAGUUGAACUUCAUAUGAACAGGUUGAAAGUGCAUAUCCAAGUCGGUUCGGUAGUUCGCUUCCCAUGGAGUUCAAAUUCUAAUUCAAUUUAAAACGUGCAGGCAUUAAUGGAUCUUUCAAUCAUUAAUGGGACUUUCAAAAGAAGCGAAGGCUGUAGAAUAAUGGCCGGACAAGAUACUGUGACAGAAUCCAGUGACAUUAUCAGAAGAAACCUGACAGAUGGAGAGGAUCUUCCGGAUGACUCCUUCUCACUGUUGUCGGUGCUACUAGUUGGUUUUCUGCUGUUCAUUCUGAUAUUCCUGUCGGUCGCGGGUAAUGUUUUGGUGUGCGUGGCAAUAUACACGGACCGAGGACUCAGGAGGAUUGGCAAUUUGUUCCUGGCCUCCCUGGCCAUAGCCGAUCUUUUUGUGGGAUGCCUCGUGAUGACCUUUGCCGGUGUCAACGACCUCCUCGGCUACUGGAUGUUCGGCCCACAAUUUUGUGACACCUGGAUUGCAUUCGAUGUCAUGUGCAGCACUGCCUCAAUUCUUAACCUUUGUGCCAUAUCGCUCGAUCGCUAUAUUCACAUCAAAGAUCCGCUGAGAUAUGGUCGCUGGGUGACGAGGAAAAAAGCAGUAUUCUGCAUUUUCAUAGUGUGGCUAUUAGCUGGUCUCAUAUCAUUCGUACCUAUCAGUCUGGGUCUUCAUAGGCCUGAUGAUCCUCUAGUUCUAAAUGUUGGUGAAAAGGAGUAUCAGACGUGUGCUCUCGACUUGACGCCCACCUACGCUGUGGUAUCAUCUUGCAUAUCAUUCUAUUUUCCUUGCGUAGUGAUGAUCGGUAUAUAUUGCAGACUUUACUGCUACGCUCAAAAACACGUAAAAAGUAUUAGAGCGGUGACGAAGUUACCUGACACCUCAUUGACGAAGAGCUUCCGUUCGAAGAGUGCUCGCAACAAGUCGCCAAAGCCUCAGACGAAAACGAAGCCAACGACUCCUUAUCAUGUAUCCGAUCACAAGGCAGCUAUCACUGUCGGUGUUAUCAUGGGCGUAUUUCUCAUAUGCUGGGUGCCCUUUUUUUGCGUCAAUAUUGUCGCCGCAUUCUGCAAGACUUGCAUACCAGAUCGAGCUUUUCAGGUCCUGACGUGGCUCGGCUACAGCAAUUCGGCCUUCAAUCCGAUCAUCUACAGCAUUUUCAACACCGAAUUUCGCGAAGCAUUCAAACGAAUUCUCACGAGAGGUGCAAGAGGACGAGGGAAUCAACCAUCAACAAGCGAAUGCGGUGAAUUUCGUUCUGUCGUCGUACAAAAGCGCAAUGGAUCCUACGUCGAAUGUAAUAUUAGCCCGAGAUCGAGUGCCGAAAGCUGUCAAGUUGGAUCUAUUGCUCAAAAACAUCGUGACACUAUUGGUUGCCACAGGACAAAGAAAUCAGGGAAUUCAGGGAAAAGUCAGGGAAGGUAAAAUUGGUCAGGGAAAUCUGAGAAAAGUCAGAGAAUUUUAUCAAAAGUACAAAAAAAAACUUUAAUUUUACAUUUCAGAAGAAAAUUCUGAAUUUUGGUGUCCAGAAACCUUUGGAAAUAUUGACCCUUUCGCGCCUCCGGCACAUAUGUAUAUAUGUACCACUUACAAAAUUUAAUAAAACUCUUAUAAUUAUAAAAAAAUUAAAUAGUACUAUUAGAAUUAUUAUAAACAAUAAGUAGAAUAUUGUUAAAAAAAUAACAAAAUUUAAUUUUUCAAAAUUUGCUCAAAUUUGCU